UAAGUCAUAAUAGUAAACGGCAGGAAAAAGUUUUCUCUUUCGUCUGGUCUUAAAUUUAAUACUCUAUCUUUCAUAGCUCGCUUGGAAUUUCUUUCGUAAGUGGAAGUUGACAGGUUGCUUAUAGGCCGUUCUAAAAAAAACGCGUGAUUUCGUGGUCGAAUAUCUGUAUAAAUACCGAGAAAUCGGUAUACCUGGCAACGAUGGUCGAUACUCGAUCAACAUUUUUUAGAACGUCAAAUGUUUUGCACGCGCGCUAGCUGAUUACUAUUUCGUUUACUAUUUCGUUUGUGAAAAUGGAGGAGAUUGAUUCAGAAAAUUCGGAUUUUCUACUUGCUCGCCAGCUACAGGAUCAGUUUGACCGAGAGCUGGUGGAAGUCAGUUCCGAUGAAGAUACAUCGGAAUGUCAGCUGGUUUCAGCAUUUGAAAACUCACGGAGCGUUGUUGAACUGUCCGAUAAUGACGACGAUGUUUUCUUUGCCGUGAAUAUUCCUGAAAAAAAUGGUUCGCUUCCAACUGUAAAAAAAGAAUCAAACGACAACAUCCCCGAGGUAAAGUUGUUCCGAGCAGAGCGAACUGACCUAAACGCUGACGAAUAUUUCAUUGAGGAAUUGCAAACCUACGUAGAUCCGGACAAUAAUUUUGAGUGGAAAUUUAUAGAACCGGUACCCGAUAUUAUGGCAAUUUUUCAAAGGUUAGAUGAAGUUCUGUUUUCGUCGCGGUUUAAGGCAAAACAAUUUUCUGUCAUUUGGAGUCAUGGAAUCGGAAGCGAAUGCACCAAUAGAAAUUUCAACGAUUCCGAAGGAAGAUAUACAAUAGCUUUGAACGAAGCGCUUCUAACACUUAGACCUAGAAUUGAAAUAAUUAGCAUAUUGUUGCACGAAAUGAUACAUGCUUUUCUAAAGCUAGAAGCGGUCAAAGAAUCCAACAAUGGACACGGAUCAAAUUUUCGAAAAAUUAUGCUUUUCCUUAAUCGACAGCUUCAAACAAAUAUAUCAUUCAGUCAUCGAAUGACAAACAUCAACACUCAAUGUCGCACGCAAUGGUAUCGUUGCACUGGGAUCUGUCACAAUUACAAACCAUUCUACGGCAUUGUUCGAUCUACAGAAGGAGAUCCUGGUCUGCAAAACGAAUGGUGGAAGACGCAUGCUGAGGAUUGCGGUGGCACAUUCUAUAAAAUUUAUGAAAUGAGUAAAGUUUUAGACGGUGAGGUAUCUACUCGAUUUGCCGUGAAUGUCAAGUAUAUGAGACCGAAACGGGAAAACAUACGAGGUCGUUUCAAAACCUCGCUACUGCCGAAGGAAUCUAUUGAUUUGACCAGUGAUAAACCACAGUUUAUGCCAACCAUGGCCGAAACAGUUGCCCUAGAUGAUGAAGGAUGCAGUAACGAAGAUACCAAAGCAGCUGAUAAAUUCAUUCAAAGUUUUCAUCAAUCAGUUGCAUUGACUAAGGAUUGCUACGAUAUGCAAUGUCCCAUCUGUCAGGAUCGUAUCAAGAGAAAAUUAUUCGCAAAUCACAUAGAUGGGUGCAAAGGAAUUACUCAGCGAGUCAGCUGGAAAAGGCCUGGUGGUAUGGUUGUUCAAAACGGUUUGCAUGAGCAUCGUGCGAACUUGCACAAUUUGGAAUCGUCUUCGAAUUUCAAAGAUAAACGUCUAGGAGCAUUCUCUACUAUUGGAGAUUAUCAACGUAUAAAAAGGAAACGUUUCAUGUAGACUCAUGUUUGUAAUAUUGUUCUUAAGCUUUCCGUUAUUAAGUGGUUUAUAAAUUGU